AUGGUCAACCAACGCUUUGGCAAAGGGGUAAAGGUCAUCAUCAAGGCCGGCAAUGUGCCUGCUAUUAUCAAAGAGGCAACCGGCGAGAAGACUUGGCUUGUUUUUCCUGUGGACGAAGCUGGAAACAAGAUUGAUCCCGACGGCCCAGGUCGGACUCUGAAAUCUCAACAACUCCGGCAUCUCAAAGCCGGAGAGACGUUUCCGGAGCCACAGGUGGCCCCAGAGUCAAGAGCAACGAGUAGUCGGCAGCGCAAACCAACAAGAGGAACCAAGCCUCUGGAAGAAGCCAAAGCAGCCGAGGCUCCCGAGGUUCCAGCCAAGGUUUCAGACAAACGCAACAAGAAGAAGCCACCGGCUGCUCCUGCUGCCUCCAACAACAAAGAGGCUCCACCAUCAACUCCUUCUCAACCAGCACGUCCAGCAACAUCUCGUCCAACCCAACAGUGUCCGUCGACACGAACAGCCAAGAAGACUCCAGCCAAGGAACCCUACAACGAGUCCAAGCCUGACAGCGAUCAUUCUAAGUCCAAGAAUGACAAGUCCGAUGAUGACAAUGACAAGUCCGAUGAUGACAAGUCCAAUGACGACAAUGACAAGUCCAAUGACGAUGACAAAUCCAAGCCCAAGGAUCAUGGCAAGUUCGAUGAUGACAAUUCCAAGUCCAAAUCCGAGGAUGACGAGUCCAAGUCUGACGACGACAGUGAGGUUGUAAUGGCCGGUGUUAAUUGCCCAAGCUUGUCGAACUGA